GGUUUGUGCGUUUACGACACUGUGCUGUUCGUGCGUGAGCGUGGAGGAAAUGGUAGCAAGAUGGCGGCGUUGAAGGAGGAGCAGUGCUACGGAUUGUCCUGUGGACGAGUGAGCAAUGGCAGUAAUGUCUCCGUCUUUCACGUAAAACUCACUGACAGCGCCUUGAAAGCAUUUGAAGGUUAUCAGAGCAGCAAGGGCCUGUCUUCACAACCGCUGAUACGAUUUACUGGAAGCCAAGGGAAAAUCUCAAUACCGUGGUCGGAAAAUCAGAAUGAGCUGCGACUGUUUACUUUCUACUUGUCCAAUGUGGGUAGAGACAACCCACAGGGCAGCUUUGACUGCAUCCAGCAGUACAUCACCAGUGAGGGGAGCAUUCAGCUGGACUGCCUGGGUGGAAUCCAGGACAAGAUCACGGUGUGUGCCACGGACGACUCUUAUCAGAAGGCCAGGCAAAGCAUGGCUCAGGCAGAGGAGGAGACCCGCAGCAGGGGUGCGAUCGUCAUCAAGCCUGGGGGGAGAUACGUGGGUAAGAAGGUGCAGAUCCGGAAACCGGCACCUGGGCUGUCUGACAUCGCUCCAUCGCGGCGGACGUCGCGGCCUGUCAUCAUCUCUAGCAGUGCGGCGAAGAAGAGCACAGCGCAGCAGAGGCCCCUGAGGGAGCGCCUCACCCACCUGCUGGCCCUCAAGCCUUACAGAAAGCCUGAGCUCAUCCUGCGCCUGCAGAAGGAUGGCCUCUUGCCCUUUGACAAGGACUCUCUGGACAGCCUCCUGCAACAGGUGGCUAACCUAAAUGUGAGAGACAACACCUUCACAUUGAAGGACUCUUUGUUCAAGGACAUCCAGAAGGACUGGCCAGGCUACACUGAGGGAGACCAGCAACUUCUGAAGAGGAUCCUUGUUCGGAAAAUGUGUCAGACUCCAAGCACCACCACAGUGGCUCCUCCAGCUGAGGUCCCACUCCCAGUGAGCCCUCCCAAAGAGCUGGCUAGCAGCUCCCCAUCGCAAAAACGACCUGCUGCAGAUUUCAUCGAUCCUCUGGCCAACAAAAAGCCCAGGAUAUCACACAUGGCUAACAAAACAGCAGUACCAAUAAAUGGCAAGCAGAGUUCGUCCAAUGGAAAGGAGGGGAGUGGGGCAGUGGUUGUGGCGCCAGCGGUUGAAGGCGUGACAUCCAGCUCCCAGCUCCCCCUACUUGACAUCCACCGGCCCUUCGACCCACUCUCCGACGUUAGUAACGACUCCAGCCACAAUGGCCGAGACUGUGAGGGCCAAGAGGCCGCUGUAGCAGAGAGACUGAGCCAGCCACCAGUCUUCUCUGGGCCCGCAGUACUGUCCGUACCAACCCUGGGCCUCUCGUCCCUCGGACACUCCGGCCUUGUUGGGCCCCAGAGCAAGAGCACCUUGCCCUCCCUGCACGGCAAGUCCAAGAAGAAGUCCAAAAAACACAAAGACAAGGAAAAGUCCAAAGAGAGGGAAGGGAGGGGGAGAGCGAGAGAGAAGGAGAGGAAAGGAGCAGAGGAGCGUGUUCCUGAGCCAAGAAAAGCCUGUGACAUCACCUCCAGCCCUGAGAACCUGAAGAGCAGUAGUAUUCCACACAGCAGCACAGAUCUCAAUGGAAUGUGCAACAACACCAGUGUUCCUUCGUCAUCGACUGAGAUGGCAGACUAUUUAUCGGAGUAUACAGUGAUUGGCUCUUCCGAGCAGCGUCAAACAUACAAGAAUUACUUUAAUACUGAGUAUAGUGAGUACCGGGGCCUCCACGCUCGGAUAGAGGGCAUCACCCGGCAGUUCACUGUGCUCGACACUGAGCUUAAGCAGCUCCAACAAGGCACAGACAAGUACAAGACAAUCCACAACCAGAUACUCCAAGAGUAUCGUAAAAUAAAAAAGACUAAUCCAAACUAUAGCCAAGAGAAGAACCGCUGUGAAUAUCUACACAGCAAACUGUCACAUAUAAAGAAACUUAUAGCAAAGUAUGAUCAACAGCAACUUCAAAACUGGACUGGUUGACAUUUUCUCUUUUCUCUCUGCAACCCGAAGAAAGAGAAACACUGGAUUCUGUUAGCUCUAAAAUAACUUAUUAAAGAUGCCAUGAAGGGAGGGAUUAUUCCUAAAUAUGCCAUGAAGGGAUGGAUGAUUCCCCUCAUUGGGGCCAAAAGCACUAGUGAGGACAAAAGCAGACCACAUUUCUUUUUUUUCUUUUUUCGAAGAUGUGACACUGGCAUGUUAGGCCAGAUCUCUGUGUAGCUACACUGCAUCCGGAAAAGCUUUGCGUGCUGUUUCUCAUACUCUUUCUCAUACUCUGUCCUAAGUGCACAGAGAUCUCUCGAAAUGGAAUAAACACAUUCUUUGGAGAUCUCCAAACAGCCUUUCCUGGUUUGUAGACGGCCGUGGUGGUGACACUGAAAUGGAGUCGGCAGAUCUUAUGCCAAAUGCAAAUAGUUUGUUUGAGAACAGAUAAAAUGUAAUGAAUUAUGGUAUCACAUUUUUCCCCAUAAAUUGAAAUGGAAGAUUCUAAACUCUAUUUUACUGUUUUUUAUUUAUUAUUUCAUUUUUGUUCUAUAGGAGUAACAAGUUCUGUUAUUUUACACUCCUCAAUAUUAGUACUACAAAGAAGUGUCUUGUUUUUUUUUUUUUUUUUUCACAUCUUGAAUGUUAGUCAGUAUUUUAUGCAAAAACUGCCUUGGCAAUCAAAUUGUCCAUCUGUUGCAGUUCAUUAUUUUCUUUCCUUUUUAAAGAGAUGCACCUAACCCCAUCAAUUUAAUAAAGACAAUGCUAUACAAAAUCCA